AUGAAUAGCAAAUAUCAUUCCCAAUUGUAUUCAUCAUUUUAUGUCCCACUUACUUGUCCAACCAUUCUCAGAGGAUAUGAUAUUAUCUCUGAUGGGCUUCUGAUAUGGGUAACAGUAACAAUAUUAGUAGUUGCGACUUUAGUGCCAUUUCCAGUGAAAUACUUAUACGAUCCUUCAAUAAAAUAUGAUGAAUCUCAAAACAGGAACAUCAUGAAUUUGCCUAAAAACUCAGAGCUUAGAGUUCUGGUUUGUGUCCAUCCAAACUGACACUCAAGCCUCAUUCAUUUACUCAAUCUCUCAUGUCCCACAAAGCAAAAUCCAUUAAACAUUUAUGUUCUUCAUCUAGUUGAACUAAUUGCAUCUCUCAUAAUAUUACCAUUUCAUCAAACAUGGACAGCUGAUGGGCAUAUAGACCAAGAUGACCAUUCAAUAAGAGCUUUGAAUUGGGGUAUAAUUGAAAAAGGACCUUGUUCAGUAGGGAUAUUUGCAAAUAGAGGAAGCUUGGGGAGUAAUAAAAACUGUGAAACUUAUGUAGUUUGUGUAAUAUUUCUAGGAGGGAGUGAUGACAGAGAAGCAAUUUCAUAUGCAAAGCGUUUGGCAAUGGAUUCAAGAGUGUUGAGAUUAUAUGUGAGUUCAAGAAUGGAAGAAAACGAACAAAAUUGGGAAAGAAUGCUUGAUUCAGAAGCUUUAAGGGAUUUUAAAAUGAACUGUUUUGGAGAAGGUAGAGUUAAGUAUAUAGAAGGAGUUAGUGAAAGUGGAACUUACACAGCAAUAAGAGUUAGAAAAAUGGUGAAUAAGUUUGAUAUUAUGAUUGUAGAAAGAAGAAAAGGGUUGGAAAAAUCAUCACCUCAAACUUGUGGACUUGGUGAAUGGAAUGAUUUUCCAGAGCUUGGACUUCUUGGGGAUUUGAUUGUAACACUUGAUAUUAACAUUAGAGCUUCUGUAUUGGCAAUACAACAAACGCCUCCUCAUAUUUAG